AUGGAGGUCAUCAAUCACUCUCAGCCCAUCAAUCCCACUUCAUGGUUCCUUCCCAGUCCAACAGGGCAGUUCUACUAUGAGUACCAGCGCCUGACCCUCCUUCCCAAUACCCGAUUUUGUUUCUACUGUCAACUCAAUACUGACACGGCAUACCGAUUUGCCGUCGACGUAGAACUCAACCACGGGUUUCUCCGGCCGCCCUAUCAAAGUACCUCCUUCCUGCCAGCUCCAGCUGCCCACGUUGUCAACAACACUACCGUCAGUGCUUGUUCUGUUCAUUCAUUUUAA